AUGGAAGGAGGAGCAGAAAAGAAAUCAAACAAAAGUGCGGUUGUGAUCAUUCCACCUGAAGAGGUCUGGAGUCAGAUCCAAGAUAUCAGAAGCAAACAUGACAAAUCCUACAAGCGAUGGAUGCCACACAUAAACCUAGUCUACCCAUUUGUUCACGAUGAUCCAACGGGUGUGAAUUAUGAAACUUGCAAAGAAAACAUAUCCUCCAUGAUCAAAAAAGAUAAUAUAAAAUCAUUUCAGGUCAACUUCGAUGCCAGUUCUUUUCAGCACUUCAAACACAAAUCCAGCUGCACUUUGUGGUUGAAGCCGUUGAGAGAUGGUGAAAAACAUGAAGAUAUUGUGCACCUACAAAGCUCUCUCCAUGCAGCAUUCCCUGAAUACAAUGACCUCAGCUGCAUUCCACCUGAUCACGAGUACACACCUCACCUCUCACUUGGACAAUUCAAUUUUGGUAAAAUUGAGGAAGCCAAAAUUGGUUUCAAAGAGAAAUGGCGGAAGAUAGAAUUUGCAGUUGACAGAAUUUAUUUAAUCAGUAGAAAAAACUUUGCGUCACCUUUCGAGAUCAGACACGCCAUAAUGUUGCUGUGA